UUUUUAAAACCUAAACCUAAAAACAAAAACAAAACAUAGUGUGUGCAUCCAAUAGAACUCUGUGACAAUGUCUCUGACACCUAUGUCCUUCUUGACGAUCUUUCUUCUCCUCCAUCUUCCUCUCACAGCCACCUCUUCCAUCCACAACCUUCUUGAAAGCCAAGGCCUUCCGGCUGGGCUUUUCCCAGACAGUGUAAAGUCAUACAGCCUAGACCAAAAUGGACUUCUAGAGGUUCAUUUGGACCAGCCAUGCUUAGCCAAGUUUGAGACAAGAGUACACUUUGAUAGUGUAAUCAGGGCUAACCUCAGCUUUGGUGGGCUCAAAGGGUUGGAGGGUCUGAGUCAGGAAGAGCUUUUUCUAUGGCUGCCAGUGAAAGAUAUCAUAGUGAAUGAUCCAUCUUCAGGGCUGAUUUUGUUUGAUAUUGGUGUUGCUCAUAAACAACUCUCUCUUUCUCUGUUUGAAGAUCCUCCAGUUUGUAAGCCUCAAGGCUUAAUAUUGGAGAAGAAUAGCAGGAAGAUGAAUAUGGGAUUUCAAGUUCAAAGAUAAGAGAUAACUAUUUCAUAUGAGAGAGAUGGAGUUCUCUUCUUUUUGUUUGUCUCAUAUUUUAUUUCUCUUUUUGUGUUUUGGGGUUUUUGUUUUUGUUUUUUAUUUUUUAUUUUUGGAAGAGGAAAAUUUGGAGUACAGAUCAUAGAUGUUGUUUAGGGCUGUAAAAAAUGGAUAAUUGGGUAUAAGAUUUGGAAAUUAAGCUGCAAAAUUUUCGGAA